AUGUCUUUUGCCCAGGACGAAGCAGAUCGUCUCCUCAACCACAAAGAAAAGGUCUCCUGCCACCCAGAAGACCAUCGCGCUUCGGAUAACGAUUCUAAUUUGUCCUUUUCUGACGUCGAAAGUCUGACAUACGUACACUCCGAUACGGAGACUGACACCUCCCACACCAUGAUUUCAAAAGAUGCAGGUUAUCAUCUUCCCACCACCGUCUUCGAAGCGAACACUGGGCCCAAGGGGGUGAUUGCAGAUGCUCAGUCGUACGAAAGGGCAAAGAAACGCUCAUUCCGUCGCACUAUUAUGAGUGUUACUGGCCUUGACAAUACCUCCUAUCCCGCCUCGACGAAAGAACAAGGUGACGCCCGACUGUCCAAAGAGACAUCGCCGUUGCCAGAUGAAACCGAAGACGAACAGUUCAUGCGCAAAUGGCGAGAAGCUCGUAUGCUGGAACUACAGCGCAAGAGCAAGAGACGUGUCAGCCCUAGUAAGCGGAGAUAUGGGACAGUUGAAGCGGUUAAUGCAAACGGGUACCUGGACGCCAUUGAGAUGGUGACCCCAGAUGCUGUCGUCGUUGUCUGUAUAUACGACCCUGAGUCUCCCGAAAGCAACAUUGUCGAAGAUUACCUCACCACCAUUGCUCGCAAACACGCAACAACACGAUUCAUAAAAUUACAUUAUGAGAUAGCAGAGAUGGGACAUGUCACUCCACCAGCCUUACUGGCAUACAGAAACGGUGAUGUGUUUUCGACAAUAGUGGAUAUUUUCCAUCAACUCCCCAGUGGACGAGAUUGCAGUGCUUCAAGUUUAGAAGAUCUCCUUAUGCAGCAUCGAAUUGUUUGA